AUGACAGUGAUGGAGAACAAGACAGAAGUGACCCAGUUUAUUCUCCUAGGACUAACCAAUGCCCCAGAACUACAGUUUCCCCUCUUCUUAUUGUUCCUCCUCAUCUACAUCAUCACUCUGAUUGGGAACCUGGGGAUGAUGGUAUUUAUCUUCUUGGACUCUCAUCUCCACAGUCCCAUGUACUUUUUCCUUGGUAAUCUGUCUCUGGUGGACUUCUGUUACUCUUCAGCUGUCACUCCCACGGUAAUGGGUGGGCUCCUUUCAGGAGACAAGGUCACCUCCUAUAAUACAUGUGCUGCUCAAAUGUUCUUUUUUGUAGCCUUUGCCACUGUAGAAAAUUACCUGUUGGCAUCAAUGGCUUAUGACCGCUAUGCAGCUGUGUGCAAACCUCUACAUUACACCACCACCAUGACAAUAAGGGUGUGUGCUCAUCUGGCCAUAGGCUCCUACGUCUGUGGUUUUCUGAAUGCCUCUAUCCACAUUGGAGACACGUUCAGUCUCUCCUUCUGUAAGUCUAAUGAGGUCCAUCACUUUUUCUGUGAUAUUCCAGCAGUCAUGAUUCUUUCUUGCUCUGAUAGACACAUUAGAGAACUGGUUCUGGUUUGUGUUGUGAGCUUCAAUAUCUUCUUUGCUCUCCUGGUUAUCUUGAUAUCCUAUCUAUUCAUCUUUAUCACCAUUCUAAAGAUGCAUUCAGCUGCAGGACAUCGGAAGGCUUUGUCAACCUGUGCAUCCCACUUCACUGCAGUCUCCAUCUUCUAUGGAACUAUUAUUUUCAUGUACUUACAGCCCAGCUCCAGUCACUCCAUGGACACUGACAAAAUUGCAUCUGUGUUCUAUACUACGGUCAUCCCCAUGCUGAACCCUGUAGUCUACAGCCUGAGGAACAAGGAAGUGAAUAGGGCAUUCAAGAAAGUUGUGGAGAAGGCAAAGUUGUCUCUAGGAUUGUGA